GUCAUCAAAUAUUACAGUUUAAAAAUACUUAAAGCGUAUACAAGUUAAAAAAGGGGUGAAAUAAUUUUCGAUUUCAUAAUGUCCACAACUAUACAAUUUUCGUAGAUUUUCGUCGGUCGUUGCGUUUUUACUGUGAUUUGUUUGGUGAUUGAGUGAAUUGAUAUGAAUGGAUCUUGAUAAAGAGUGUUUUCAGUGAUAUUUUUCGUUCAUUGCGAAUUGGUUGAACUUCAUUCUGCCCCGUAUAAAUGCAACCGGAUGAGGAGGAGGUGAUUGUGCUAGUGUGGCCACCGUCAGCAGCGUAGAGGGGCGUGGGAGGGGAGGCCCGCACCUGCCGGCCGGCCGGGAAUGGUGGCCCGCUGAGCCGAGGUCGCCACCAGCCUGCAGACAUGGCCUCCACGUCGGCGUUUGUCGACAAAAUCGACCCGUUCGCCAAAAAGUCGCUCAAGAAGAAGCAGCGCAAGUCUCAGGGCUCUUCGCGCUACCAGGCUCACAGCAAUGUGGAAAUUGUGCCACUGCCACUGCUCAAAGAUGUGCCGCCGGCCGAGCAGGAGGAGCUAUUUAUCCGCAAACUGCGCCAGUGCUGCAUCUCGUUCGACUUUAUGGACCCGGUGGCCGACCUGAAGGGCAAGGAGAUGAAGCGCGCCACGCUCAACGAGCUGGUGGACCACAUCACCUCCGGGCGCGGCGUGCUCACCGAGGCCGUCUACCCGGAGAUCAUCCGCUGUAUCGGCUGUAACCUGUUCCGGACAUUGCCGCCGAGCGAGAACCAGGAGUUUGACCCCGAGGAGGACGACCCCACCCUGGAGGCGUCAUGGCCGCACCUACAGCUCGUCUACGAGUUCUUUCUGCGCUUUCUGGAGUCACCGGACUUCCAGCCCAACAUAGGAAAGAAAGUUAUAGACCAGAAAUUCGUUUUGCAAUUGUUACAGCUGUUCGACAGCGAAGACCCCCGGGAGCGAGACUUCCUCAAGACGGUGCUGCACCGGAUCUACGGAAAGUUCCUCGGCUGGCGGGCGUUCAUCCGCAAACAGAUCAACAACUUUUUCCUGCGCUUCAUCUACGAGACGGAGCACUUCAACGGCGUGGGAGAGCUGCUGGAGAUCCUCGGAAGCAUCAUCAACGGGUUCGCGCUUCCUCUGAAGCACGAGCACAAGCAGUUCCUGAACAAGGUGUUGAUCCCGCUGCACAAGGUGCGGUGCCUGAGCCAGUACCACGCGCAGCUGGCCUACUGCGUGGUGCAGUUCCUGGAGAAGGACCCUACACUGACGGAAAAGGUGAUCCUGGGCCUGCUCAAGUACUGGCCGAAAACCUGCAGUCAGAAGGAGGUGAUGUUCCUGGGAGAGAUCGAGGAGAUUCUGGACGUGAUCGAGCCCAAUCAGUUUGUGCGCAUCCAGGAGCCGCUGUUCAGGCAGAUCGCAAAGUGCGUCUCCAGCCCCCACUUCCAAGUGGCCGAGCGGGCGCUCUACUACUGGAACAAUGAGUACAUCAUGUCACUGAUCGAGGACAAUAGCAGUGUCACGCUGCCAAUCAUGUUCCCGGCUCUCUAUCGGAUUAGCAAGGAGCAUUGGAACCAGACGAUUGUGGCGCUCGUGUACAAUGUGCUCAAGACUUUUAUGGAGAUGAACGGCAAGCUGUUCGACGAGCUCACCGCCUCGUACAAGUCGGAGCGACAAAAAGAGAAGAAGCGGGAGAAGGAGCGCGAGGAGCUGUGGAAGCGGUUAGAGGCGCUGGAGCUGCAGACACAGAAGGAGACGGCCGGCGACGCCAAGUAACGGGCGCGCUCUCGGCCGCAGCCGCCGGCCGGCGCGCCGCGGCUCGCUAGUCAGCGUCCGGCGGCGGCCGCUGAGUCGGCGGACCAGGGCGCGCCACCACUCAUGUGAUCGCUAUACGGGGCGGCGCCGGCGGCGCGCUCGGGCUCGGCCAGUGGGGCGCGCGCCGGCUGUUGUUCGUUUGUCAUAGAGGAGUGCCGCGCCGCCCGUCUGUUGCACACUGCUCUCUCUCUCUCUCUCCCCUCUGUCCGUACUGGCUCCGUCUCCUCUCCCGCGCGGACCGCCCGCCCGCCUGCCGCGCCGCGCCGGUCGGCAGUGAUAGCUAAUGCUCCUGGCCUUGUUUUGUUGUUGCCAAACGCGGCGCGGCUGGUGACCUGCCCGCGCGCGCUGUGGCCGCGCCGCCGGCGGUGCGGUGUGUGCGUGUGUCGGCCGCCGUCCUGCCGGCGCCGCCCGUCUCAGGGCCCCACCGGCGCCCGAAUAACCCCCGAGACUCUGUUGCACGGCGGCGCGCGUGUGCCGCGGACCGGCGCGCGGCCAGCACCGGUUUUACAGUCUUUUGUCGGCCCCGGAUGCGACUGUACAUACUCGUGCAUGAGGCAUAUAUUGGACACGUGUGUGGCCGUUGAUGUACCGGAUGAGACCGAGCGACAGGGCGGCAGACGUGAUCGGCGUUCGUUUGGGUUUGCGUACGGCGAGAAUCUGUCCGGACUUGGCCUCCUCUGUAGAGUUCCAUGCGAUCAGUUGUGUAACGUUUUGUGAUGUGUAAUUUUUUUGUCCUAUCAGCCACUUCUAACUCGGUAGAAUGUCUCUGUGAAUAAACUGUAUAUAUACAUAUAUACAUACUACACUUGUGCUUGGCUUAUAAAUUCAUGGACGCAGCCACGACCCGGCCCGCCGCAAACUGUCCCUCAAUACAAUACAAUGUGGAAACUCG